CCUCCUUUCAGGCCUUUUCUGGAAGUCAGGCUGGCUUGAAAUCCCUAGGCGGCAGCUCCCUAUGCUCUAUUCCAAACUGAGGCUGAAGGCCAGGGGUGUGGCUUUGUGGGGAACUGGAUAAAAUGGAGGAGGCCUGGGCUGUGCAGCGCAGCAAGAAGGCUGUGAGGGGGAGGUCUGAUGCGGUCCAGCUGACGAGGAUGGACUAUGCCAUGAAGUCCCUCAGUCUUCUCUACCCCAGUUCCCUGGCCAGGCAUGUGGCAGUGAGUACCUCGGUGGUAACUCAGCAGCUGGUGCCCAAGGCCGGUGCAGAUGCCCCCAGAGCCCGGCCCUGCAGAGUGAGCACCGCAGAUCGGAGUGUGCGGAAGGGCAUUACCGCAUGUAGCCUUGAGGACCUCCUCCACAAAGUAAGGACCCCCUCAAACUCCAGCCCCUGGGGCUACACUGGGAUUCAGCAGGCAUGGGGGUCUGGUCCUAAGUGUUGGGGGGCUUUCCUUCCCUAUGUCAGUGCCAGCAGGUUGGUAGCACCUGCCUAGAGCUGUUGGGUCGAUGGUGAUGUCUGUCUGGUGAAAGGGAAGGCAGUGUGCUGUCAACCUGUGCAUUGAUAUUAGGCCAGUAAUAUUUUCUGGACAUAGUUCUUGCUGGAAAGACCCCUAGAUUGUUUUCUCCAGUAGUUUUUUAUUUGUUUGUUUUUUGGGUUGUUUUGGGGUGGCAGGGUCUUCCUAUGUACUCUAGGCUGAAUUCUAGACCUUGAAUUCUACUCUAGACCUUGAAUUCUCUGUGAUCCUCCUGCGUCAGCCUCCCGAGUGCUGAGAUUAC